UGCAUCGGAACAGGAAGCCUCGUUUCGUUUAUCGUUUUACAAUGUGGUUAUUUUGUGAUAGUGUUAUAUAAGAUUAUAAUAAGUUUAAAAUUUCAUCCUCGAUCAGCCCGAGCACGGACUCCUAACGGGACGACAUCCAGUACCAGUCCAACCCUGAUCGAGAGCGAAGCGACACUACGAGCAUCAGUGCCCCGGAAGUUGCUGGAACUACUCCGUCGAAAGCUCGCUGAUCUACAAGGAUACGCACCGGCCAUACGCAUCAGCACAGAAUACGGUGACAACAUGCUCAGUGGUGCGAAAAUACUGUCCGGCACGGAUGUAGCCAAAGAAAUCCGUGAGAAGCUCAAAAAGGAUGUGGCCGAUAUCCGGCGCCAGGUGCCAACGCUCGUGCCCGGACUGGCGAUCGUGCAGGUUGGUGGGCGCGAGGACUCGAACGUGUACAUCCGAAUGAAGAUCAAGGCGGCCGAAGAGAUCGGCAUCUACGCCGAGCACGUCCAGCUACCGCGCACGACCACGCAGGACGAGCUGUUGGCAACGGUCAAACGACUUAACGAGGAUCCCUGCUUCCACGGCAUCAUCGUGCAGAUGCCGCUGGAUUCGGACACACCGAUUGAUGCGCAUCUCAUCACGGACGCCGUUUCGCCCGAAAAGGACGUCGAUGGCCUCAACACGAUCAACGAAGGACGUGUCGCAACGGGGGACAUGUCCGGAUUUCUACCCUGCACACCGAACGGAUGCAUGGAGCUGAUCAAGCGGACGGGGACACCGAUCGCCGGCUCGUACGCAGUCGUCAUCGGCCGUAGCAAGAUCGUCGGUACGCCCAUGUCGGAGUUGCUCAAGUGGCACGACGCCACCGUCACCGUGUGCCACUCGAAGACGAAGAAUCUUAACCUGCUGAUCAAGAAGGCGGACAUUCUGGUGGUCGCAGUCGGCCGGCCCGAGAUGGUCCGGGGUGCCUGGAUCAAGCCCGGUGCCGUCGUGAUCGAUUGUGGCAUCAACUCCAUCCCGGAUCCAACGAAGAAGAGCGGCCAGCGGCUGGUCGGGGACGUGAAGUACGAGGAGGCGCUGCCCGUCGCCGCACACGUCACACCGGUCCCGGGCGGUGUCGGGCCGAUGACGGUCGCGAUGCUGAUGCAAAACACCGUUCAGUCUGCCCAGAGAGUCGCUCGGAGAUUGAUCGAAAUGGAGUUCCGCUGGUGUCUGAAGCCGCUGCCCCUGAAGCUCACCGAACCGGUUCCGAGUGAUAUUGACAUUGCGCGCGCCCAAGAGCCGAAAGAUGUGACCGUGCUGGCGCAGGAGAUCGGACUCAUACCGUCCGAGGUUUCGCUGUACGGCACGAAGAAGGCAAAGGUGUCCUUGAAGGUGCUCGAGCGGCUGCAGUACGAGGACAAUGGCAAAUACAUCGUCGUCGCCGGAAUCACGCCGACACCGCUCGGGGAGGGUAAGAGUACCACGUUGGUCGGUUUGGUGCAGGCGCUGACGGCGCACAAGCGCUGCAACUCGAUCGCCUGCCUGCGCCAGCCCUCGCAAGGGCCGACGUUCGGCAUCAAGGGUGGAGCGGCCGGCGGUGGCUACUCGCAGGUGAUCCCGAUGGAGGACUUCAACCUGCAUCUGACCGGCGACAUUCACGCGGUGACGGCCGCGAACAAUCUGCUGGCGGCCCAGCUGGACGCACGCAUCUUCCACGAGGCCACGCAGACCGAUCAAGCCCUGUACGAGCGGCUCGUGCCGGCCAUCAAGGGGUCGCGCAAGUUCGCCCCGAUUCAGCUGCGCCGCCUGAAGCGGCUCGGCAUCGAGAAGACGGACCCGUACACGCUGACGGUGGAUGAGAUCCGGCGCUUCGCCCGGCUCAACAUCGAUCCGCACAACGUCGUGUGGACGCGCGUGCUGGACGUGAACGAUCGGUAUCUGCGCAAGAUCACGAUCGGCCUGUCGCCGACGGAGAAGAAUCUGACGCGCGACACCAGCUUCGCGAUUUCGGUGUCGAGCGAGAUCAUGGCCAUCCUGGCGCUGGCGACCAGCCUCGAGGACAUGAAGCAGCGGCUGGCGAAGAUGGUGGUGGCGUUCGAUAAGACGGGCAAUCCGGUUACGGCCGACGAUCUCGGUGUGACCGGGUCGAUGAUGGUGCUGCUGAAGGACGCGAUCGAGCCGACGCUGAUGCAGACGCUCGAGGGCACCCCGGUGCUGGUGCAUGCCGGUCCGUUCGCCAACAUCGCCCACGGUUGUUCGUCGAUCGUGGCGGACGAUAUCGGGAUGAAGCUGGUCGGAAAGCGGGGCUACGUGGUGACGGAGGCUGGCUUCGGGUCCGACAUCGGCAUGGAGAAGUUCUUCAACAUCAAGUGCCGCGCGUCCGGCAAGGUACCGAACGCGGUUGUCCUCGUGACGACGGUGCGCGCCUUGAAGAUGCACGGCGGUGGUCCGAUCGUAACCGCCGGUGCACCGCUGCGUCGUGAGUACGUUACCGAGAACCUGGAGCUGCUCGAGCGGGGCCUGCCGAACCUGCUGAAGCACAUCGAGAACGGGUUGAAGUAUGGUGUCCCGGUUGUGGUUGCGAUCAACGCGCACAGUAGCGAUACGCCGGCCGAACAUGAGCUGGUCCGCAUGGCCGCCAAGGGUGUCGGGGCGUUCGACGCAAUCGUGUCGAACCACUGGGCAAAGGGCGGCGAAGGGGCUGCUGAGCUGGCGCAGGCCGUCAUCGAUGCUUGCAACCGGCCAGCCGAGUUCAAGCUGCUCUACGAGCUGGACCUUUCGAUCGAGGAUAAGAUCACGAAGAUCGCCAAGGAGAUGUAUGGCGCCGGUACGAUCGAGCUGAACAGCAAGGUCCGCGAUGCCAUUCGACUCUACACCGAGAAGGGCUUCGGUAAGCUGCCGAUCUGCAUGGCGAAAACGUCGAUGUCGCUGACGGGUGAUGCCAGCGUCAAGGGGGCCCCGAAGGAUUUCAAGCUGGUCAUCAACGAUAUCUGCCUGUCGGCCGGUGCUGGUUUCAUCGUACCGAUGUGUGGCGAAAUCUCCAAGAUGCCCGGCCUUCCGACCCGCCCGUCUAUCUUCGACAUUGACCUCAACACCGAAACGGGCGAGAUCGAGGGCUUAUUUUAGUGCCUGUUCCGCCUCCGUGCCCAGCUCAUCCUGACAAAAAGAUUAGAGAAGCGCCAUGUCGUAGCACCAUACGUGACCAUCCCCUUCUAUCCCUAUUGCCCCUACGGGUCAGAAAGCAAAUCUUUCAAUGGUUUAUUUUAUCUACAAGUGCUUUUAUACGUUAGUGCUCUGCCUGUUUCAUAACUACGGCAUGCUUAAUAAACAGUUUUUGUGUUAAUCGGA